AUGGCACAUUACUUUUACUUGGCCCCAGAAAUUUUGCUUCCCUUCAGCCCUCUCCCGUCUAAAGAGUUCGAGCUGAUCAGACGCAAGGCCCGAGACCUGUGGCAAGAUGAGUCGCGGUGGUCUGCGGCUUCAGUGACAACAUACUCAGGCAGUUACCACAAAAAGCAACUGGACGAGGCCACCUGCAUGCGCCUGGCCCAGAGAGUAGGCCAGCCACAGUUCCAGUACAAACAGACACCACUACCGGCCAACUUUGCCUACAGCACUCUACCCUACCAGGCUGGUUCCCAAGAGGCCACACAUGGGAAAGUGGUUCUCAACCAGUGGGUCACGGCCCUUUGGGGGAAUUACAUGACCCUUCACACAGAGGCACACCAGAUUUGGGGUUCUGAAGCCCUUUUUCCAACACCUCUAGAUUAUAAAAUGCUACGUGAGUUCCCAGGUGUGAAGCCAAAAAAGCCAGGCUACAAUCUCCUCCUGAGUUACAAGACCAGAGGGAAGAACCUCCUGAAACAACUUCGGCGACAAUGGGAUUAUGAAAGCAAGUUUGGCUCCUCGGAGGACUCAGAGACGGAUCGAUACUCCGAUUACGGUAGAAAGUCAGUGCGGAUACUCAACUGAUUUGAAGAACCACCAACACAGACCUGGGCCGUAGUGUCUGUGUUCACCCGCUGAGCCUGGAGACCCCAGGAGGCCUGGGUGGGGUGUGCACAUAGGAAAGACCUUGCUAGAAACUUCCC